GAGAAGAAGAUCAACUGCGGCGAGGGCGACGUCGUGUCUUGGGAUGUGCCCAAGAAGGUGUACUGCUGCCUGCACGAGGGCAAGGGCUGCCCGACGACACCGGCUGCGCCCAGCACCAUGCCGGCGCCGGUCGUGCCCGUCGCGCCGGUCGCGCCGGUGGUGACAACGGCGAUGAGCACCACGUCCCCGUGCCCGAUCGACUGCAACGCCGGCUACAACGACCUCGACCCGCUGCAGUGGGUGCGCGGCUGGUCUGGCGAGAAGAAGAUCUACUGCUGCAAGACCGCCAACAAGGGCUGCCCCUCGGAGCUGCCCCCGCCCUCGGGCCUCCCGCAGGGCGACGCGCCCCCCGAGGAGGACAAGAGCGAGUACGACUGCGACGCGGGCUACCACCACUGCAUGCACUGCCUGGAGCUGUCGUGGUCCCCGGGGAAGAUCGCCUACUGCUGCAAGAACCAGCACAAGGGCUGCAAGGGCGAGGAGCCGGAGUGA